AUGGAAUCGUGCAGAAUCUCAUUAUCCCUUCUUUGUUUCUUGAGCUCAGCAUUUCUUGCUCGUGUUCUCCCCACCCAUGCCCAAAACUCACCGCAGGACUACCUCAAUGUCCACAACUCCGCCCGCAGUCAAGUGGGCGUCGGGCCGAUGACAUGGGACACAACAGUUGCUGCAUAUGCACAAAACUACGCCAACCAAAGGAUUAGUGAUUGCAAUCUCGUGCAUUCGCAAGGCCCUUACGGUGAAAAUCUUGCCAAGGGCACCGGUACUUUCACCGGCACUGCCGCAGCAAACUUGUGGGUGGCCGAGAAGCCAUACUAUAACUACACUUCCAACUCCUGCGUUGGUGGACAGUGCCUGCAUUACACCCAGGUGGUGUGGCGCGAUUCCGUCCGCCUCGGGUUCAGUGCACCAAUUCUUGGUGGUUCGUCAUUUGCAGCUACGAUCCUCCCGGCAACUAUAUAG